UUGUACGUUUUACGCAGGCUGUGGCAGCGACGCGGUGAGGAGACGGCCCACGGCGCCCGCGGGCUGGGGCGGUCGCUUCUUUCUUCUCCUUGGCCUACGAGGGUCCCCAGCCUGGGUAAAGAUGGCCCCACGGCCCCCGAAGGGCCUGUUCCCAGCUGUGCUUUGGGGCCUGAGCCUCUUUCUCAGCCUCCCAGGCCCCAUCUGGCUCCAGCCCUCUCCACCUACCCAGUCUUCUCCCCCGCCUCAGCCCCAUCCGUGUCAUACCUGCCGGGGACUGGUUGACAGCUUCAACAAGGGCCUGGAGAGAACCAUCCGGGACAACUUUGGAGGUGGAAACACUGCCUGGGAGGAAGAGAAGUUGUCCAAAUACAAAGACAGUGAGACCCGCCUGGUAGAGGUGCUGGAGGGCGUGUGCAGCAAGUCAGACUUCGAGUGCCACCGCCUGCUGGAGCUGAGUGAGGAGCUGGUGGAGAGCUGGUGGUUUCACAAGCAGAAGGAGGCCCCGGACCUCUUCCAGUGGCUGUGCUCAGAUUCCCUGAAGCUCUGCUGCCCCACAGGCACCUUUGGGCCCUCCUGCCUUCCCUGUCCUGGGGGAACAGAGAGGCCCUGCGGUGGCUACGGACAGUGUGAAGGAGAAGGGACACGAGGGGGCAGUGGGCACUGUGACUGCCAAGCUGGCUACGGGGGUGAGGCCUGUGGCCAGUGUGGCCUUGGCUACUUUGAGGUAGAACGCAAUGCCAGCCAUCUGGUAUGUUCUGCUUGUUUUGGCCCCUGUGCCCGAUGCUCAGGACCUGAGGAAUCAAACUGUUUGCAAUGCAAGAAGGGCUGGGCCCUGCAUCACCUCAAGUGUGUAGACAUUGACGAGUGUGGCACAGAGGGAGCCAACUGUGGAGCCGACCAAUUUUGCGUGAACACUGAGGGCUCCUAUGAGUGCCGAGACUGUGCCAAGGCCUGCCUAGGCUGCAUGGGGGCAGGGCCAGGUCGCUGUAAGAAGUGUAGCCCUGGCUACCAGCAGGUGGGCUCCAAGUGUCUCGAUGUGGAUGAGUGUGAGACAGAGGUGUGUCCGGGAGAGAACAAGCAGUGUGAAAACACCGAGGGCGGCUAUCGCUGCAUCUGUGCCGAGGGCUACAAGCAGAUGGAAGGCAUCUGUGUGAAGGAGCAGAUCCCAGAUGCUGUUCUAGGUGCAUUCCUCAUCUUAACUUAUUUAACCCCUGAAACAACCCAACGCUGGAGGUUGGGUUCUCAUCCCCAUUCUACAUAUGUAAAAACGAAGAUGCAGAGAGAUGAAGCUACUUUCCCAGGGCUAUAUGGCAAGCAUGUUGCAGAGCUGGGAUCCCAAUCCAGACAGUCUGACCGUAGAACGAGACUCAUACAUAGUCAGCAGGCUUCUUCUCAGAGAUGACAGAGGACGAGUUGGUGGUGCUGCAGCAGAUGUUCUUUGGCGUCAUCAUCUGUGCACUGGCCACACUGGCUGCUAAGGGCGACUUGGUGUUCACCGCCAUCUUCAUUGGGGCUGUGGCGGCCAUGACUGGCUACUGGUUGUCAGAGCGCAGUGACCGUGUGCUGGAGGGCUUCAUCAAGGGCAGAUAAUCUCGGCCACCACUUGUAGGAUCUCCUCCCACCCACACUGCCCCCAGAGCUUGGGCUGCCCUCCUGCUGGACACUCAGGACAGCUUGGUUUAUUUUUGAGAGUGGGGUAAGCACCCCUACCUGCCUUACAGAGCAACCCAGGUACCCAGGCCCGGGCAGACAAGGCCCCUGGGGUAAAAAGUAGCCCUGAAGGUGGAUACCAUGAGCUCUUCACCUAGCGGGGACUGGCAGGCUUCAUAAUGUGUGAAUUUCAAAAGUUUUUCCUUAAUGGUGGCUGCUAGUGAGCUUUGGCCCCUGCUUAGGAUGAGGAGGUCCUCACAGGGGUGGGGCCAUCACAGCCCCCUCCUGCCAGCUGCAUGCUGCCAGCUCCUGUUCUGUGUUCAACACAUCCCCACCCCCCAUUGCCACUUAUUUAUUCAUCUCAGGAAAUAAAGAAAGGUCUUGGAAAGUUAAAA